ACAGUGGCACCGGCGGCGGCGGUAGCGUCAAUGCAUCUGUGUCUUCGAAUUGCCUGUCUUGAUCUGCCAAUCCACUGUACAACAUUUCCGAUUGAGACCUCACACCAGGGAUCACCAGGAGCCUUUGAAAUCUCUCGACAUUGUGGACGGAGCUACGCGUUUCUGUUUUGGUUGCCUUUAAAAAAGAAUUCCUAUUCCACAAUUGCAUUUUUAACUCAGUUUCUUGAAUUUUUAAUGGAAAAAUGGCGUUCCAUUCUCAGUCCUGCAGCAUCUUCUGCUUCGUCUCAAUCCAAACUAUCCUGAUUUUCAGCGUAUCGUCGCCUGGAACAGAAAGCCUCACUUUCCCUCAACAGUACACGAUGAUGCACUGGGCAGGACGCAUCGAGAAAGAAAUCGAUAAAGUUCUCCAGCUCGUCAGUGGAGCCCAGCAAAUGAGAGGGAUUUACAAUGAGAAAAAGGGCCAGUUCGAGGUCAAGAGGAACUCACCCAGGGAGCUGGUGGAGAACGUCGCAGCACAGAUUCAGCAGCUGCUGACGAGGAAGCGGAAGGCGCUUGAGAGGCUGGCCAGAGAGGCGGAACGAUUGCAGAAGGAGCAUCCUUGGCAGGACAACAUUAAGGAGAGUGACAUUGAGUACUAUGAUUCCAAGGGAGACACAGACUAUUCAGAGGAUGGUGAAGGGGAGGAGGCUAUCAUAGGAGACCGGAAUACACUGAAGCUGGAGUUUGUGGAUGAUCCCAACUUCAAAAACAAGGUCAACUACUCCUACACGGCCGUGCAAAUCCCCACGGACAUCUACAAAGGAUCUCCCGUCAUCCUGAAUGAGUUAAACUGGACACAGGCACUGGAGAAGGUCUUCAUCGACAACAGCAGGGAAGACCCCUCACUGCGCUGGCAGGUGUUCGGCAGUGCAACUGGCGUCACCAGAUAUUACCCAGCCACACCUUGGAGAACGCCGAACAAGAUUGACUUGUACGAUGUACGGAGGCGGCCAUGGUACAUCCAAGGGGCGUCGUCUCCCAAAGACAUGGUCAUCAUCGUGGACGUGAGUGGCAGCGUGAGCGGACUCACGCUCAAACUGAUGAAGACCUCAGUCAUGGAAAUGUUAGACACUCUGUCAGACGAUGACUACGUCAACGUGGCCAGUUUCAAUGAAAAGGCUGAUGCAGUGGUCCCUUGCUUCACGCACCUGGUCCAAGCCAACAUCCGAAACAAGAAGAUCUUCAAGGAGGCUGUGAUGCACAUGUCUGCCAAAGGCACCACUGACUACAAGUCAGGUUUCCGUUUCGCCUUCAAGCAGCUGCUCAAUGAGAGCAGUGUUCCACGAGCCAACUGCAACAAGAUGAUUAUGAUGUUUACGGAUGGAGGGGAAGACCGGGCACAAGACAUCUUUGAACAUUACAACUGGCCCAACAAGACGGUGCGAGUAUUUACAUUCUCCGUGGGCCAGCACAACUAUGAUGUCACCCCCUUGCAGUGGAUAGCUUGCGCCAAUAAAGGUUACUACUUUGCGAUCCCAUCCAUCGGUGCCAUCAGAAUCAACACGCAGAAAUACCUGGAUGUGCUGGGACGUCCCAUGGUGCUGGCGGGGGACGGGGCCAAGCAGGUGCAGUGGACCAAUGUCUACCAGGAUGCCUUGGGUCUGGGGCUGGUGAUAACUGGAACUAUGCCUGUCUUCAACCUCACAGCAGAUGGGAGUUCUCAGAACCAGCUCAUUCUUGGAGUGAUGGGAGUGGACAUCGCACUCAAUGAAAUCCAGAAGCUAACACCAAGAUAUAAACUGGGAGCAAAUGGAUAUACCUUCGCCAUCGACCCCAAUGGCUACGUUCUCCUUCACCCAAACCUGCGGCCCAAGAUCAUUAACUUCAGGGAGCCCGUCACUCUGGACUUCCUUGACGCUGAGCUGGAGGACAGUGCCAAGGAAGAGAUCCGGCGGCUGAUGAUCGAUGGAAAAUCAGGACAGAGGAAAAUCAAGACGCUCAUUAAGUCAAUUGAUGAGAGGUAUAUUGAUGAGGCCAUUAGGACUUACACCUGGACACCUGUCAACGGCACAGACUACAGUCUGGGUUUGGUACUGCCAACCUACAGUGAAUACCACAUCCGGGCCAACCUGAGCGACCAGAUCCUCCAGGUUCAGUUCCAAUACAUCAACCCCAAGGAUUUUGAAUCUCUGCUGCCAAACAGUUUUGAGUCCGAGGGACAUGUAUUCAUUGCUCCCAGGGAAUACUGCAAAGAGCUAGAGCUCUCAAACAACAACACUGAGUUCCUGCUCAAUUUCAUCACUCUCAUGGAGAAAAUCACCCCCGACUCCAAGCAGUGUGAUAACUUCCUCCUUCACAACCUCAUCUUGGACACGGGCAUCAUCCGACAGCUGGUAGAAAAAGUGUGGAAGACCCAGGAUCUCAACACCUAUGGCUUCCUGGCAUUGUUCGCAGCCACAGAUGGAGGGAUCACCAGAGUCUUCCCCAACAAGGCUGCUGAAGAGUGGGAUGAAGACCCAGAGCCCUUCAGUGCCAGCUACUAUCGGCGCAGCCUUGACAACAAGGGCUACAUCUUCCGGGCUCCUUACAGAACCUCGAGUGAUGAGUUACUAAACCCGGAAAACAACACCAUCGGCAUUUUGGUCAGUACUGCAGUAGAGAUCUACGUGGGUGGGAAGACCAUCAAACCUGCUGUGGUGGGGGUGAAAUUGGAUUUGGAGGCCUGGAUAGACAAAUUCAAGAUACUGGCCAGCAACCAGUCCGACGGCCGGCAGAGUCCACACAAGUGUGGGCCUUCCAGCAGCUGUGAGAUGGACUGUGAAGUCAACAGUGACGAUCUGCUGUGCUAUCUGAUUGAUGACGGUGGGUUCCUGGUUAUGUCCAAUCAGAGGGAUCACUGGAGCAAGAUUGGCAUGUUCUUCAGUGAGGUGGACCCAUACCUAAUGCACGCCCUCUACAAUAACUCCUUCUACAACCGCAAACAGUCCUUUGACUACCAGUCUGUUUGUGAGCCGACACCCAACAGCAACACAGGCGCUGCACCCAGGGGGGUGUUUGUGCCAACCAUUGCAGACUUCCUCAGCUUGGCCUGGUGGACAUCAGCUGCAGCCUGGUCCCUGUUUCAGCAGCUGCUGUAUGGAGUGGCCUACCACAGCUGGUUCACUACAGAUGACGUGGAGGCAGAGGGGAUAGACUCCAGAGAGACCAGCUGUGUCACAAUACAGACCCAGUUCUACUUCACCAACGUCACCAGCUCCUAUGGUGUACUGCAGGACUGUGGCAACUGUUCCAGACUGUUCCACGCCAAAAGGAUAAACAACACCAACCUGCUUUUCGUGGUGGCAGAGAAGAUGCCGUGCUACUCGUGUGAAAUAGAGAAACUUUCACAGGUGGAGACAGAGUACAAGAAAGACAACCCGUGCGAGGUAAUGACCACAGUGCGGUAUCGGAAAGGACCCUCCAGCUGCUUUGACUACAGUAAAAUGGAAAAUGCUUCGGACUGUGGGCGGGGCCAUUCUUUCCGACCCUCAUUAAAGGUCCUGCUACUUCUGCAGCUGAUUCUCUUGUAUCUAACAGCCUCUCCUCGUAUUCUACCCCUCCCCUGUACACUUUAAUUCUGCCCUAUUAUUCCUGCUCGUCCUCCUUCCCAUGCUCCUCCCCUCUCACCAUUUACCUCCUGACCCCCUUUGCUCCCCCCUCCCUCCCCCUACCUUUCUCCAAUCAUAGAUGAUGAUGGGACUUCCUGAUGCCCUGUUUUGGAAGCCCUGAGUACUGUUCCCCCCCUCAUGCCCGGUGACCUAGCUUCAUGGCAGGUCACUUAAAGAGGGUUGCUGGGCUUUGUUGUGUGCAACCAAUCACCUCCAUCCAGGGCAGGAGCUCUUUGUUCCUUCCAGAGAAAAAAAAAAAAAAAAAACUACGACCGCCACAACCGCAAGAAACAGCAUUGGAAAAAGAAUUUCAGAAAAGAAAAGAAGAUGGACGCCCUCUUGUAUGCCUCCUGCCAAUGCAGACAAUGUAUCCGUUCAUCUCUUACAUCACCUCACAGCUGGUCAGGCAGGAGGAGAGGGCAGCAGUGGCCAUCAAUUGCUCCCAUUCCUCAUGGACCUUCUUAGAAUUUUACUGGGCCUUGUGCCGUGUGUCUCAGAUAGGGGUCUUUUCAGCCGUAUAUAGCUACUGGAAAAGAAAACAAACAAAAAACACUUUAAAAACAGUAAUAACCUGAAAUAUCAAGCAUACAAGUAUACUUCCAUUUCUUAGGGCAUAAUUUGAAAGGGAAAUCAUUAGAUUUGACUAACUUAUCCAUUUAUUUCUGCACUAUAUCUACUUCUUGCCAAAAUGAGAUAGACUUUCAUGUGGUCUUAUUUUUUAUAGCCAAAUAGCAAGAGGACAAGGAGAAAAUAAAAUAACGUAAAAUAAUCUAAAUAAAUAGAGUAAUUAAAAUACAAUCAUGCUCCUAUCAGUAGAGACAGGUUGUCUCCAAGUAAUGACAUCAUCAGUGUGGAUCGUCUGUAGUUCUAUCCCAUGUGUUCCAAGGCGGUUAUCAUGCUCUCUGCAGAUCUCAGUGUCUUUAUGAUGUAAUAGCCCAGUGCUCUCCAACCUUGAAUGUUCCCUCUGACCACUCGCCUAUUGGGUGGUUAAAUAGUCCUUUCAGACACUGAAGACCAAGGUAUCAAAACAUUUUUGUGUGUGAUAUGUCUUUUGUUGUUUUGAAGACAGAAAAUAUUUAUUGAGACUGCCUAGUAUAUAAUAGCCACUCAUGCAUUUGGUAUUGCUUGUUUUGGGCUGAGUGCAGCUUGCUUUAGCCUUUAGCAAUCUAUAAAAUCAAGAUAAGCUGUGCAGACCUUUCAAUGCUGUUGGAAUUGGAAGACAUUUGAGCGCUGUGCAGUCCUCGUUAGACGGGACUUACAGUUCAUUACUCAAUGUGGCACAGGCCGUGAAUCAAGUCGGCAUUCCAAGAGUCAAGUUUAAUAUUAUGUAAUUAGCCUAAGAUGAAAUUGUUGGAAAACUUCGACGUGUUAUUAAUGUAUAGUACAUGAAUUACUGUCUGCCCUUUUCCUGUCCCAGUCCCACCCAGUAGUGCCUUGGAGCACAUAUCCUGUUGGACAGCACUGGUAUUAGAGUAACCUUUCUGACUGUUGUACUAGCGUGCUUGUGGGGGGCCCAGCAGUGUACACCCAUCUUCUCCUCAGUAUCUCCGCCCAGACUCUGUAAAUAACCCGCGGGCAAGCGCACGCAUUCGAUCCAGAAGGACUGUUGACCGGACGCUUAACAGACGAACGCUCAGCUCACGUCUUGUUGUCGUCUCUCUGUAUUCUGUGGCCUUGAAACAGUGCAGUCCCAACACAGGCCUGCAACCCCCCAAACCCCAGCCCCCUCAGCCCCGGCCUCCAUGGCAACGGCAAAGUGUUGGAUUGCGUAAUUUGGAUUGUGGUUCCUUAAACUGCCGGAACCACACUCGACCGCACUGGUCAGUAUCACUGAGGGAAGAAGGUAGCGAGGGAGCGAGAGAACGAUUUGGAGCGUGAUCACCGAGACAGAGCUAGCCGUUAACUACAAGGGAAUGUAAGAAAGCGCAAAACUGAUGGUGUGCUGUAACUGUAAUCUGGGGAGUGAUGGCAGUGGUAGCAUAGGUAUUCCUUUUUUUAUUGGCUGGACAGACACUGUCCAUGGUCAAAUGUGUUGUCAAAUGUUGAAAAUUGAACAAAAAAUGUGGUUUUACAACUUUUUUUAAUCUAACAUUUUUUUUUCGUCAUUUGCUGAAAAUGUGGAAAGAGGAGUCAACUUGCACCCCUUCGGGAGGCUUUCACUGAGGUGUUGGAAGAAUGUUUGAACUGUUUUUAUUCGUGAGUGUAUUUCUUUUUCUAGAGAUUGGUGGCGUGGUGCAUUGUCUCUCAGCUUCUGCCCGCUUCAGUAUCUCCUGUGGGGUUCCUGCUCCUCGCAGUGGCUUUGUAUUGUCAAAGUGAUCAAAGUGGUCAAUGUGUCUGGAUUGUUGAUUGAUUUAUGUGCAGUAUUUGGAACAGAAUUUGGAAUUUGAAAAUCAUUCCAUUAUGGAUAGAAAGGAAGAAACCUUUUUAAUCAGAGCAUACAAAUUUUGGUUGGUGAAUUUCAUAAGUUCAUGAAAACAACCAGCUUCAACAGUAAGCAGUGUUAGGCGAAGGGUAGUGAAUGAAUACAGUCUUGAAAUCAGAUUAGCCUAAAAUCACAAAGACAGCCCGGCUUUUUUAAAUCCAGUUGCUCUACUGACACCCUUAACCUGGGUGCCUCCCCCCCCCACCCCACGCCACCCCACCCUGUCACCUACCCCAGGUCAUUUCAUUUUUAUUUCCAUUCCAAAUGUAUUACGUUUUUAUCAGCUGCUCCCCCACAAACAUAUGUACACACCCCAUGCCACACAUUGUCUUUUCUGCCCUUACAGAAAUGUAGUACAAAGAACUUUUGACCUCUUCCAUAAUGGUCUGCCCUGCAAUGGUCUGAAACCUGUGUGUCACUCAUUUCUUCUUUUUGUUCAAAGUUGGUAAUUCAUGUUGUUUGAUCUUCACUGCAGAUGACUUUUCUCUGACUUGCCACUAUUUCCUGAGCCCAUUUUUUCAGAAAGUUGACUUCAUACCUCAUAUCUCAAGGGAAACUCUAGUGCUGACGGUGGAAUUGGAGCCCUUGCAACCCUGACCAUUUGGAUAUAACUGAAAUAGUUUUUAAUACAAAACUAAAACAUUACUGUCCUUUAAGCAGAAGAGCCUUGCCAACCUACUAGCAGAACAAUUUGAAUAGUUUGGCAACAUGGGACUGCACAUUUUCAAAAUUCAGAACUGAGACAAACUUCUGAAAAAUUAUUAUCAAUUAAUAUGUGUUCUAUGUAGAGAAAAGGAGGAGAAAUGUCCAACACAGUUCCUAAAAGGUUUUCCAUUACACUGUAUCCAUGUGACAGAAUGAGGACUUAGUGACAGUCUCAGAUUGGACAGGUAUAUUUGCAUGGGAGAAAUAUGGUCUGACAAUCUGAGUUGUGCUGAAAUGAGGGCUUGUCCUGCCUGUAAAUAGACCUGAUUACUCAUCUCUUCUGUGUGUGAGGACUAUGGGUGGGUACAGUAUGGUUACUAAUAAAAAAAGCAAAAAACACAAGUAUUGCAUAGAAGAAAAAGGAAUGUUAGAAACUUGUUGAUGUUAAUCAAAGAAAGGCAAUUCCGUAUUUGCAGUGUGAAUAGUUCCAUUUGCUUUUCUUUGUUUAAAUGAAUUGUUGUUUUUUAUAUUACAGUAUUAUUUAUUUGGCUACACAUAUGAUAUGCUCUGCAUUUAACCCCAAGAAAGUAGUCAAUUUCAUUGUGUCCUUCAAACAGAACAUCAUGUGAAGAAAAUUAAAGUUCCUAAACAUUAGGAAAUUAGAUCUAUAUUACUCGCAUAUAGAAAUGGAUUGGGUUUAAGAGGUUAGUCAGACCCAUUUAAAUGUAAUGAAGUGUGUGGGAUUUCAGUGUUUGUUGGUAUCACUGCCUAUUGGCGAGUGCACCAUUUCCUUGACGUGGAGUCAGCAUGUAAACUUCAAAAAGGACCAAUAUUCCACUUUUUGUGUUUCCUUACUUUUCCACUCAAGAAGUAUGUUCUAACCAUCCCAGUGGUUUGUAUCCGAACACACAGUGUUAAGUUUAAAAUGUGUGGAGGACGUCUCCAGUCAUAAUAUUCAGUCCAGCGUUAGACCAGCUAUAAAAUUUACUGUGCGGUUAUACACCAACACUUUAAACAAAAUCAGUUCUACAAUCCCUUGCCUUCGGAUGUCACUCUGUUGUGCAUUUCAUUGUUUUCCUGCUGUACUGUCAGUACGUACGAUGAGGUGUGGUUCCUGUGUUUUAUUUUCGACAUGUCCUGUUCAUUGGAUUUAUUUAUUAUCCCUGGUUGUGUGUGACAGACAUGCUUGUAGUGUCAGUCACAGCAGGUCAGUCCUUACAGUGCCAGAUUUAAAGCAAGCCAAGGACUCUGUCCUUCAGAAUAGCAGCCCAACCCUGCUCACCUGAAGGGGUUUUUCAAGGAGCACAAGGUUUGCUCUCUGUGGAGCAGCAUGGGACUAUGAAUGUGCUGUAUUGGUGCCCUCCGUGGAGCCCCCCAGUGGCAGCUGGGCAUGGAGCGGGUAGGUCUGUGGGCACCCCAAGCAGGAGGCAGUGGGCUUGGGACACAGGUGUGUUUUCUGUGGGUCGAGAAAUUUAUUUUAUUUUUUGCCAAAAAAAAAAAAUAUAUAUAGAAAAACAAACUGUUUAAGCCCAAAAGGAGGGGUUUCUGGGGUGUGGCUCCUCCGUCACCCACUGUUAUCCUUCACCAUGUCUGUGUAGGUGCGUCUUAUAUGGGAAAGCCUGUGACCAAGACAAGCGUGUAUGUGAUUCUGUAGUCUGUAGUCUGGUGCUAUGUGACGAUGUUUGACAAAUGUGUAAAAAAAAAGCAACAGUUAAAAAAUGAAAAACAAUUCAAGUUUAAGUGAAGUAAAAAAACAUACUAAUAAUAAUCUUAAGUUUGAGAUCUAAAAUCAAGCAAAUAUUUUGGUUUUCUGUUUUAUUUUGCUGCUGGUGAUGUUUGCGAGAAAGAUUCAGCUCCUUUUGUCUGACAAGCUUCGUUCCAUGUCGCUCCAUUCUUUUGUACAGAUGAAAAAAAAGAUAUGAAAAGACAAAAUUUGUAAAAUAUUGUGUC